AUGGCCGCCGUACCGCCGAACAAGCCAGCGCUACAUCCUCUGACGUCGGAUGAUCGCGGCUCCCUCAUCAUCAUCAUUGCCUACACAUUUAUUUUCAUCACUGUGCUGGCUGCGGGUAUCCGAUUUGGACUUGCUUGGAGCAACCGGCUGUACUUGAAAAAGGAUGAUACUUCUUUUGCGCUCAGUGUGGUGCUGGCCGUCGCGAGCUCGGUGUGCUUCCACAUCGCGAGUAACAACGGCUUAGGGAAGAGAAUGGCCAAGGUUCCUCCAGAUGAUUUGAACAUUUACUACAAAACAAUGUACGCGGGAGAAUUGCUCGGCCUGGCCGCACAAUGGUCGGCUAAGGUAUCUUUUUUGCAACUAUGCGAGCGUGUCGCACCUCGAAAAGAAAAACAUUACAACAUAGUGUUCGGCAUGGUCACUUUCUGGGGCGUCUUUUCGAUACUCGCAAUAGCCUUCCAGUGUGGUCUGCCGGAGCCCUGGGUUUUCGUGCCCGACGACUGCCCGACGAAAGGAAUGAUGUACUAUCCCGUCAUUAUCAUGAACAUCAUCACCGACAUCACCCUGGGCACCUGGAUCCUGCCCACGCUCUGGAAACUGCUGAUGGACCAAGACCGGCGUAUUCUGGUGGUGGCGCUAUUCGGCUCACGCAUAAUCGUCGCGUGCGUUGCCGCCGUACAGCUCAGCUCCGUAGCACGCCACAUUCUAGAUCCCGACGUUACUUACGAGUCAUUCGGCCGUGUAUUGUGGGCCCUCUGCGUCACCCAUCUUUCCGUGCUCCAAGCUACCAUACCGCGGACCAAGCGCUUCAUCGCAGCCCUCAACAUGCGGACACACGCUACCGUCCGCCUCACAGCUUUCGAAUUGCAAUUACCCACCAAUCCCACCACCCUCACUAUACCGGGGAAGUCCCUCGACGACACGCUCGACAGCUCCGAAGCUAGUAAAAAGCUGCAAUUCACAACCGAAAUCGUCGCCCAGCCUGACGCCAAUUCCAAGGACUCCAACAGAUCGUCUAAGAAAUACGAUAACAAAGACUGGAAGAAGUACCUCCGCCGCAGCAAGAGCACGACCGAAGACGACAUGGCGCUCUCGAGUAUCUUCUCGUGGAAAAGCCGCACCAGCAUGGCGCGCGAGCGUAUCGUGCAGACGAAAGAGGUGACGCAGAAGGUGGAAGUCGUGCAGCCUAAGGAGUCACGGUGGACGUUCAGACGGCCGAGCGAGAUAUCGAAGAGGACUAGUCUGGGUCAGAGCCAGGGGAGGGGUCGAAGAGGGCGAGUUUGGGGAGGAGUGACACGCCGGGGUGGGGCGGAGUGA